AGUAUCACAAAACGUGCAGGUAUUGAAAUACUCUCCCUCCCUAACCCUUAACUACCACUCUUCCCCACACUUUCUUCGUGUUCUCCCUCGUAUUUCACUUCCUCCCUUCUCUCUGUUUCCCCUGCACCGCCUCCAAUGGCUUCCAUUGCUGCUUCUUCCGUCUCCAUGCAACCUCGCCACUCCUUGGCUACAACCAGGGCUUCUGGGCUGAAAUUGGCUUCAUUUGUGAACCAGGAAAGAAACAACCUAUCUUUUAGGUUGCGUCCUGUGCCUGCUCGCUUGCGGAUAUCCUGUGCUGCCAAACCAGAGACUGUAGAUAAGGUGUGCGAAAUAGCAAGGAAACAACUAGCUUUGUCAAGUGACGAACCUGUCACUGGGGCAUCCAAAUUUUCUGAUCUUGGAGCUGAUUCUCUUGAUACGGUUGAGAUUGUGCUGGGAAUCGAGGAAGAAUUUGGAGUCACAAUAAAAGAGGACAAUGCCCAAGACAUCACAACUGUUCAGGAUGCCGCCGAUCUUAUUGAGAAGCUCUGCCGUGCUAAAGGUGCCUAGAAACAAGGACCUAAGUUGCAGGUUCAUUCACCAUGCCCCCCCAUUGAUCUCUGAGAGCAUUUAAAAAUCUUGUUGUGAACUCCUUAUGUUGUUGGAAUUUUAAGUUAAAUUUGUCGAUUUAACUUUUUGUGUGGUAAAUCAAGGAAAUACUAUUCCUGUUGCCGUU